AGAAUUAUAUCUAAGGAGGACGAAUAUUCAAAAUAUUAUAACUUUAAUUACAUUAAGAACCUUCGCGGCCGCCCUUAUAAUACAAUACCCUUCGCUAAUAAUCUUUAUACUCCCCAAUUUAUUGCGCUAAUUAAUAUCCAACCCCCCCCCCCCCCUCUAUAG